GGCAUGGUUCUGUCUGUGCGCAGCCAUUCAUCGAAGCGCUCGGGAAUCACUUGGCGCCCUCCAUUGAGGAUCAUGUUCUUCCUUUCAAAGAAGCGUUCGACAAUCUCAUAAUGAAAACGCCUUCGGCAUCGAAGAAGAUCCCCUCCAAAGGGCAGCAGAUGCGUCCGCAGAACGUCGUUUCGCCUCAGACUUGCGUCGCCUCGACUGGCGUUUUGGAACGUGGAUCCGGGACAAAGGCCAAGCCUCCGAAGCAAAAGGCUCUCGCAAAGGCCCCGACACCUUCGAAAGGGAGUGAAAAAGCGAAAACCACAUCUGUAAAGGGGAAGGAGAAGGCGAAAGACAAGCAAGAAGAAAUCCAAGUGCCUCAGGGUUUUGUGCCUGGAGAACAGACGCAGGAAUUGACCAAAGUUUGGGAGGAGCUGAAAAGCUUGAACGCUAAGAAAAUAUCCAACGAGUCCUUCUAUCUGUCGAUGAGUUGCAUGGAAAGACCACCUUUGGAUGCCAAAGGGAAAAGACCAUUAGAGGUGAGAGAGUCUGACGAGGAUCAUAUCAGUUUGCUCAUGGAUUCCAUGAUCAGGCAACCAGUUGGAGAUCAUCUUCCAUUCGUCGGUCUUGUGGACCCUAAGGAGGCAAAGGACAAACGAGCCGUAGAUUUGAACAAGCUGAGGGCAGGAAAGUACCUUGUUUUUAUUCUUGGCGGUGACCAUUGUCGGGAGGCAAGGGAGCGUCUCAUGGCGAUGUACCCUGACAACGAAGAGUACAAGUUCAACGUCUGCUACGUUUAUGCAGGCUUGACGGUGGAUGAGGCAGGGCAGGUCACUCACAUGCAUAACCUCGCCACCGGCUACCAUCGUGACAUAAACUUCAUCGAGAAGAUGAAGUGCUGGCGGCAAGUCUUUGAAAGCAAAGGGUCUGUUAAAUCGCAGGAGGUGAAGUUGCCGUGCCUUCGGGAACCAUGUGUUCCAAACCCUUCAUUGAAGUUGGGGAACAAUGAUCCUCUACUGCAGGUUGCAAUGCGGCCAAAAGAAAUUUGGGACUUGCAACUGCGGAUUUUCAACAUGUGGCAAAGAGGGGAGGUGAAGGGUCAGAAGUUGAAGCCCUCGGCAAAGAGUCAUAUCAAACAUGAAGAUGGCCCUGAAUCAAGUGAAUCUGAGGGUGGGAAGAGAAGUCAACGAGGGACGAGGCUUGACAGGGCAACUGCUAAGCUACAAGAGAUGGCGCUUCUGAAUCCUCGGGUCCAGUUCAAGGACAAUAAAGUUGUCCUUGUGCCUGAGGACAUGCCUGCCCAGCCGUGGAUCACCAUGGGUAACGUGGCUCCUGAGAAUGAUGUUCCCAUUCUUCUCGAAGUCAUUUCGAAGACCAUCUCCAUCAAAGAAAUGGAGCAGAAAUUCAGGGUGGUCAAGAAAUUGAACUAUGUCUGCAAGGCCUUUGCAGAUGGUGUCGGCUGCAAAGAGUUCAAGGAGGCGGAGCAGAAAUAUCCUUUGACACCAAGAAGGAAGUCCUAGAGAAGUACAUUGGCAGCUUCGGGAAGCGUGGGAGUACUUCUACUGCUCUGAAGGACCACAUCGUACGAGCAAAG